GGCGCCACCCGUCAGACCACGAGGCCUCCAGCGUCGACUUUCUCGGCUCGUUCCUACAGUAGCGCGGAGAAGGAGGCCGGCCCUCCCUUUCUCGUGCAGUCGCGGGUCGCGGAGGACAGGGGCCAGGUCGGGGCGGCGCUGGUCGCUUGAGCUCCCUGCUUUGGAUCCGCCGAUGCACGCGAUGGAGAAGAAAGCUAGGGCGGCCACGACGUUCGUGGCGAUGAGGAGCGAAUCGAGCGGCUGCGUGGGCGUGGCCCACGCCGCCCUGGCACGCGUUUUGGAACGCCGAGCGUGGCGUGGGACGGGGCGAACGUCGGCCUCGAGCCGGUGGCGGACGGCUACAACGGGUGUGGCAGCAAAGAGGAGCACGGUGGCGCGCAUGAUCCGCGGCGUACACGCCCUGGAGCAGCUAGGUCAGCACCGAUCUCAACAUCAUCCUUUCACCGACGCGGAUUCCCCGACCCGUACACGAUCAGCAGCACCGCCAUGGUGCCCCGUACGGACCACACCGCGGCGACGAUACUCAUGCUGGAGCCCAACGAGGCACGGCCCACACAUACUCUUCUUUAUGUUCUAUCCUGCCCUGCCUGCAUCCUGUUCAGUUGCCUGCAGGUGUUCGCUGAAAUGCUUUAGCUCUUGUCCAGUGGAUGACGGCAGGCUGCGACAUCGAGCAAUCGAAGAUGCCGGCAUGAAGAAGAGCCUACAGCUCUGGAUCAACCUCACUUGCAAUGGGCAAGUUCUAUGUUUCUUAUGAACUCAACAAUCAUCUUCUUGAACAGCUUCAUUAGUACAUGGCAAUGAACAAUCACUCAGUAUUUUUGCUUCUGCAAAUGAUUAUGAAUGCCAAGAUCCAACCAAGGUACCAGGAGUAGUAGAGCAAGGAUAUAAGCCAGGCCUCGAAGGACGCUGUCUGAGUCCGCAUCAU